UCCAGAACUUCCUACUCUCUCUCUCUAUAUCCCUCCGCCUUCCAUCAUCUCAGUCACAGGAAAUUUGCCAUCUUUGAGCUUCCCUUUAAGGUUUUGAAAUAUUACCAUAUUUGGCCAAUACAUGGCAGACGAGGAACCCAAAAACGUGGAGCCCAAAGUUAGCGGCCAAUACAUCGCUGACGAGGAACCCAAAAAGGUGGAGGAGGCCCAAUCGCAGUCGGAGCCUCCGCCAGCUCCGGCCCCAGAACAUGUUGAACAAGUUUCCAAAGAUGUCACCGACGAGAAAUCCGUAAUUCCACCUCCUCCUGCAGAGAAGCCUGAUGAAUCCAAAGCACUUGCUGUGGUUGAAAAGGCUCCUGAGCAUGUUGAAGAGAAAAGUACUGAGGGUUCUGUAAACAGAGGUAAAGAGAAAAGUACUGAGGGUUCUGUCAACAGAGAUGCUGUGCUUGCGAGAGUUGCAACAGAGAAGAGGCUAUCACUAGUCAGGGCAUGGGAAGAAAGUGAGAAGUCGAAAGCAGAGAACAAGGCCCACAAAAAGCUGUCUGCCGUUGGGGCAUGGGAGAACUGCCAGAAAGCUUCUAUAGAGGCUGAGCUGAAAAAGAUUGAGGAAAGAUUGGAGAAGAAGAAGGCUGAAUAUGUGGAGAAAAUGAAAAACAAAGCAGCUCUGAUCCAUAGAUCAGCAGAAGAGAAGAGGGCAGUAAUUGAAGCUAAACGUGGGGAAGAUCUUCUCAAGGCAGAGGAAACGGCUGCAAAAUACCGUGCCACUGGAACUGGUCCAAAGAAGCUUCUUGGUUGUUUUAAUGGCUAAAAGCCUCAGGUCUGGUUGAAACAUGUUUGAAUUAUUUGUAGUUAUUCUUGGGUUGGACUUCAUUUGUUUAUUUAAUAUUUGGUGCUUGUGUAUAUGGUUGUACAACGCUAGUUCGUUGUUGUGUGUUACAGUGGUGUAUUUGUGUGUAAAUAUACCAUUCGAAGAAAAACUAAUUUUAGUUUGCCAAAACAAAACAUGUAUAUUGUAUUAUGGAAUCAUGAAUGUUCAUUGAAACCAUUGUGUAA